UCGGGCUCGAAAUCAACAGCAUCAUAAUGAGCGGCAUGGAUCGAAAGUCCCAGUACAAAAAUAGAGCUAAGAAUGUGGCUAAUAUAAGACAGAGACAUAAAGCAGAAGAAUUAGCCCUUCGAAAGGACAGAAAAGAGAAACUUCUUAGUUCAAAACGAUUUCGCUAUGUUGAUGGUGAUGAACUGACAGAUGAAAUCUCACAUGAUGAUGUCACAAAGGCAACAAAAAGUCUGCAGAAACCAGGAGCUCAUAGACUAGAAAACCUGAAGACACUUCGACAAGCAUUUUCCCAGGGAUCAGCUUUUAUUGAUACAUUUUUCAAGGUUGAAAAUGCCUUGGACACUCUUGUUGGUAUUUACACUGGAAAGGACUCUGAACAACAACUUGAGGCAGCUUGGUGUAUUACGAACAUCUCUGGAGGAACUGCGGAACAUGAAAUGGCCAUCUGCAAACAUGUGGCGCCAUACCUGAUUACCUAUCUAAGCAGUGGUGUCCAUCAGUUACAGGACCAAAGUGCCUGGGCUCUGGGGAAUUUAGCAGGGGAUAGUGCGGAAUGUAGAGAGAUUUUACAGAAACAAGGAGUCAUACCACCACUAGUACAACUCCUACAGAGUCCACAUUCAUCAGUUGUUCAGUCUGCAGCAUUUGCUCUAUCAAAUCUGGCAAAAGAAUCAGUGGAAGACUGCAAGGAGAUGGUUCAGGCCUCCGUCAUUCCUAAUCUUCUUCGACAUUUCUCCUACUCACCAGAAAAUCUAGAUGUUUUGGCAGAGGUAUCAUGGGUCUUCACUUAUCUUGCAACUAGUGGACUCUUCUUGGAGGAAAUGUCAUCAAAUGGUGUAAUAACUAAAACUGUUAGUUUAUUGGUGACAUUGUCAGACAUAAUGCCUCAUAAAGCUCAGGUCGUGACCCCUUUGCUUCGCUGUCUUGGAAACAUAUGCAGUGGACCAGAUCAGUACACUGUUGAGGCCAAACAGAAUGCUGAGUUGCUACCAAGUCUCUGUAAAUACAUGACCUCUGACCUUCGACAUGUUCGCAAAGAAACCUUGUGGGUUCUCUCCAACAUGACAGGUGAUCUUGGAGUGUGUAAGGAAGUUGCAUUUGGCCCAAUCCUACCCCAUGUCCUGGAGCAGGUGCCUGCAGCAUUUGACAUCAAAACAGAGGCUCUGUAUGUAUUGUGUAAUCUUGCCUGCCAUGGUGAGGACAUCUGUACCCAGCUGGUCAACUCUGGAAUGUUACAAUGUGUGACUCCUGCACUAAAGUCCCAUGAUGUAGAAGUCCUAAAUUUGGCUCUGACAAUGUGUGAAAUGACACUGAAAAUGAUCCCAAAGGCCAAAGAAAUAUUUGAGAAGGAGUGUGAAGGAAUAACCAAGUUAGAGGCACUGGAGUACCACAACAAUGAUGCCAUCAGGACUAGUGCUAACCACAUCCUAGAUAUGUAUUACGGAGAAGAGCGUAAUGCAGCCGACAAGAAAGGGAAAGGGAAAAAAACAUCCAAAUGAGAAAGAUUUGAACAUGACGUAGAGAUGGAAUCUGUAAAUAAAGCUGUUGUAUAAUUUGAAUCAUGUCAAACACAUGUACCAUUUAUAGAAUGGACAGAGGAUAUCAAAUAAGGCUCAGUUGUUAUGGAUGUCUUGUUCUGCAUAAUUGUACCAGACGGGGUACAGUUCUUAGUGCCAUAUAUAUCUGUAUAUAUAUAAAUAUUUGUAGAGAGAGUCAAGUGUCUGAUAGCAAAAUGACAAUUGCAAUCUAGUGAUGCAAUCUCAUCUUUUUUAAGGUUUUUCUCAAAUUAUUUUUUUUUACUCUUGUGAAUAUUCAUUUAUGCAUUAUACUAUAAAUAAAAAGACAAAU